UCUCUAUCUCUUCUUCUUCCCAAAUUCCAAACCUCCCAAGAACAGACGGAGAGUCCCAAUUUCCAAAUCAAACCCUCUCUCUCUCUCCUCCACCCAUUUUUCUCCCUAUAUAACUAUUCCCAAUCCACCAAUCACACUCCGACACCUCACCCACCCCCUCCGACGCUAAAAUGCGCCGGCCCAUCGCCGCCGCCGCCGUCGUCGUCGCGCCGUUGUUGCAAGGCAGCUCCUUUAUCUAGGUCUUUCGCUUAUUGAAAUUGAUUGGUGUUCGGGGUGGGGUUGAAAUGGGGAUUAGGGUUUGGGGAUUUGGGAUCCUGAUUUUAUUGAUAUGGGGCCGACUAACGUCCGCCGUUGAGCCGACGUCGUGCCCGACGAAGUCCGCGGCGGAGGCGAUCUUUGGGUUCCGAGAUUCCGUUUGUGCGAUUAACGGCGUUACCAGAUCCGUUGGUUCUAAUGGUGUUAUUGUGGGAGAUGAGGUUUCAUUACAAAGGGCAUUGAAUCUAGUUCACAAGAAUAGUCAUGAGUAUGUGGCUGUACUCUUCUAUGCAUCAUGGUGCCCUUUCUCAAGGAUGUUUAAGCCAACAUUUUCUGUUUUGGCUUCUUUGUACCCUUCCAUUCCACAUUUUGCGUUCGAAGAAUCAGCCAUCAGGCCAAGCAUACUCUCCAAGUAUGGAGUUCAUGGUUUUCCUACACUUUUCAUCUUGAAUUCUACAAUGCGAGUCCGAUACCAGGGUGCCCGGACUCCUGGUUCUCUUGUUGCAUUCUAUAGUGAUGUUACCGGCAUCAAGACAGUAUCAUUGGAUCAAUUGUCACCGGAAAAAGUUGGACACCCACCAAAUCAUGAGAAGAAUGAUAGCAAUGAGCAGGAAAGCUGCCCGUUUUCAUGGGCAAGGUCCCCAGAGAAUAUGCUUCGUCAGGAAACAUAUUUGGCUCUCGCCUCUGCUUUUGUAAUUCUGCGUUUGCUCUACAUCUUUUUCCCCACUCUGAUUUCUCUUGCUCAGUGCGCAUGGAGAAGGCAUAUUCGAAACGUAAGAUUCGGGAACUUGUUUGAGCACCCUGUGGCUUAUCUAAAGCGAGCAGUGCAGUUGUUUAACUCUCUAAAAGAGCCUUGCAAAAGGAGUAAUCUGCAGGAAGGAGCAAUGAACGCACGGGUCUGGGCUUCCAAGUCGCUUGCCACAGUUUCUAUUGGGGAUGCAAACACCAGCAGGGGUACUGCAGUGACUGAAACUCGUUGAUUGUUAACAGAUUGUGUUGUGCUGGAAGCUUUUGGUGUUCAAAGAUUCAUCUGAACGCCAUUGUUCAAGGUGUGUUGCAACAGAGAUUAAUUGUGCCAUUGUAUCUUGUUGCUGCAGCAGUUCAUUCCUUGUUUGUCCAUAUUCCGUAAGCUUUAUAGGUUACACUAUGUUUAACAUUCAAAUUGCUGAAUUUGGAUCGCAAUUUUUGAAUAGGUUUAAUAAUUAGUAAACCUUUCUUGUGCCCGCUGUCAUGUGCUUCUGUUCAAUGUUUAUCAAAGGGUUAUGAGGUGCAUUGUAACUUGGUCAUUCCUGAUCAUUUCUAACAGAGAUGAAAGUCCUGUAUGACGUAUUCGAAAU